AUGACAACCACUAAAGACGAGUCGUUGCUGGACAUCGGGCGGCUCUGCUCGGUGUGCCAGCGGGUAGACUUUCUGCCGUUCACAUGUCCGCACUGUUCUGUGUCGUUCUGCACCGACCACAGAACCAACUUCAACGAACACGAAUGUAAAGCUCUAAAGCUCAAGAAACAAACUACAAUUUCCACGCCAGUGCCAUCCACCAUCAAAUCAAGCUCGCUGUUUCCCGACCUUGACAAGAUCCGCAAACAAGCUGAGCUCGACAGAAAGCCAAAACAGACCCUAGCUACGUCAUCGGACUCUGCUGCUUUGCAGAAACUCAAGUCGUUCAUCUCGUUCCACAAAUCCAAGUCGAAACCAUUGUUCCGGCUGAAAAAGUCCACUCCCGCAUCGCGAAUGGUGGAGUUGGCAAAGAUGAAAAAUCUGGCUGUCGGAGAUGUCAAGAUCUCCGGAUCGGAGCGUGUUCACAUUUGGGUCCAGUACGUCCCUGACGAGUCCAAAUUCGGAAACGCGGAGCUGACAGAACGUAAGGCAUUGUUUGUCUCAAAAUCGUGGCCCGUGGGGAGGUUGCUAGAUUUCGCGUCGACAGCAAUGAAGAUCAAGAACGAUAACAAUAGAACCACAGAAAGCAUCAAGAAACUCACCAUCUUCCGACAUCGGCGAGACGGAGAGUCUUCGGAAGAGGAGUAUAUUUACGUUCCCGCAAAUGGCAGGGUUGUGAAAGAAAUUUCCGAUGGAGACAUUGUAUACAUAGUGCGGGGGGCAGACGUCACUAAAUAG